AUGUUUACAUUAAUCGUCAAGGCUGAGCAGACGGGAGUGACCAACCUCCGACCAGAUGAUACCCAAGACAACCCGUUCUGGUAUAUGUUCAAGGUUCAAUGCACUUCAUGCAGAGAAACGCACGACAACUAUGUGGGAGUGAACCGUUUUGAGACCAACGAAAUGAGCGGAAGCCGUGGUGAGGCCAACUUUGUAUGGAGGUGCAAGAACUGCAAGCGUGAAUCAUCGGCUUCCAUAAAAGCAGCCCCAGUCCCCUACGAGCAGUCGGAGCCGCCCAAGGCGCACAAGGUUAUUGAAUUUGAUUGCCGCGGACUCGAGUUUACCGAAUUUAAGCCAGAGGGCGAAUGGCUAGCUGAUGGUCUUGACUCUGGUACCAAGUUUACCGCCAUCGAUCUAUCAGAUGGAGAGUGGUUCGACUAUGACGAGAAAGCUGGAGAGGAGGUUAGUGUCAAGGAUAUUACCUGGGAGAUUCGCAGAGCUUAA